AAAUGCAUUCUACUAGAUUUUGACAACCCACUCAUAUCAUCCAAAUGGAAAAAGGAAACCAAAAGUUGUUUUUUUUAAGAGAAGGGAACCGAAAGGUCUGUUACUCCAGUACUACUAAAGUCGAUCGUGCGGUGCGUGAUGCAGAGUCCAAACCACGAACUGCGAGGGAGGAGCGCCAAAAGUUGCCCUGCUUCUCUCCCUUUGCCGCCUCUUCCCCUUCCCAUCUCCGAGGGUAUGGAGGAACCAUCAUCUCCUGACCAAGGUUUUCGUUUUGGCAUCCCAUCUGACGGGACUUCAGACACAGAUGACAGUGAUGUCGAGAUGGAGGAGGUUCCGGAAGAUCCUUCUCCUAAGGAGCACGAUGCUGAUAAGGCGAUUGAUCUCAUGAGGUUUGUCUUCAAAGAAGGGCUGGCUUUCCUGGACAAUGGGUCUGGAAGAUGUCUGACUGAAAGGAUGCUUGUGGACAUGGGUGGCUUCAUGGUCAAUAAGAUGCUGGAGCAACCUGCUGUUGCCCAGCGAAAUGCUCCUUGUCGGAUGCGGAUGUUUAAGUCUAGCACUUUUGAAACAGAAAUGUCGCACGCGUUUGCGAAAGAAGCGAGGAAGGGUAUUGCCGAGGAGCUCCAGGGGGAUUUCUUUGGGUAUUUGUUGAUGUGUGUUCCCCGCCUAACACUUGGAAAUACUACAUGGUUCUUUUCGCACGCUAUGUCAACAGCAAGGGAGAGGUUGUGGAGAGGCUUCUUGGGAUUGUGCCGGAUCCUGAUAUCUCUGGUCCAUCUCUUAAAGAAGCAGUGCAUUCGAUGCUCUCGGAAGCUGGGGUGAGCUUGCAAAAUGUGCGUGGACAGGGCUAUGGCCUGGCAGGGUAUUCUGAAGGCUUUCAAGGAGUUUUUUAAGCGAGUUAAAAUCAAUGUUUGAUGGUGAAAAUGCAUCUGCGCACUAUGCCCAUUCUCAUGUCCUCCCGCUGCAUUCACUUCUUGUGACUGCUUCCCAAAACCAGUUGCAACUUUACAAGCUUUUCCAAAUUCUCGAUGUGCUAUCCAACCUAAUUCAAGUCUCCUCAAUUCACUGAAAAGCUGUGCACCCUAAUCAAAGAGAGAGGGGUUAAUCUGGACAAUGAUCUUCGGAAGCCUGGUGAAACAAACUGGGGUUCAUACCAUGAGGCGAUAAUGAAAUUUGCUGCCUAUUUCAUUCCGUUGUGCGAUGCACUUGAAUUUGUGGAAGAACAAGUGUCAAGAGGCGAUGCAAAACACAUGGUCUGGAAGAUAAAUCAAGGAAUGGACUAUGACUUCUUCUUUGGCUUGCUCUUGAUGCAAGAUAUCCUGAGUGUGACGAAUGAGUUGUCACUGGCCUUGGACAGGGAAGGAUGGGGUGUUGAAAACUGUGUGGCUCUUCUCCAGGAGGCAACGAAGCAGCUGCAGGUUAUGAGGGAUGAGGGCUGGACACCUUUUCUCAACAAAGUCGGCAUGUGUUUGCAACGAGAAUGAUAUUUAUAUGGUCACAAUGUGUGAGAAAUUAAUUCCGCCAAAGAGAUCGGAAGGUGCUGAAGCUACAAGGAAGACAUACCUGGAACAUCACCAUCUUGAUUUCUUCCAGAAGGUUAUCAACAAGCAACUCGAGGAGCUCGAGAGGCGUUUUACCAAGGAAAGCUCAGAGUUAGUUCUCCUCGCAACAUAUCUGAAUCCACGCAAUUCUUUCCAAGGUUUUGACAAGGACAAGCUUGUCAAGUUUGCUCGUUUUUAUCCAUCCGAGUUUUCUGAUUCCGACACAGCCACACUCGAGCUGCAACUUCAAGCCUUCAUAACUGAUGUGCGCUCGGACAACAGAUUUCUUGGAAUGGACACGCUGAAUAGUCUUUAUGUGAAGAUGGUGGAGACAGGCAAGAACACUGCAUAUCCACUGGUUUACUUGCUUCUGAAACUCGCGCUCAUCCUUCCUGGGACGCCUGCCACUGUGAAGUCUGCCUCUAUAGCAAUGAAGUUCAUAGAGAAUACAGUGAGGAAAGAACCAUGCAACCAGUGGAUCAGUGACUGCCUGCUGCUGUUCCUGGAGCCUGACAUAUUUGAAAACAUCACCAAUGAUGCCGUGCUUGAAUCAGGCUAUUGGGUCUAGCAUGUUACGAAUGAGCAACUUAGAUUGAUUGAAGUGCCAAAAGGCAAAUAUACAUGUACGUGUGUGGAGGCAAAUAAGCAAAGAGACCCUUAUACAAUGGGCCGGGCAUAUACAAGAGAAAUAUACAUCUCUAACACCCCCCCUCAAACUCAUGGUGGGUUAACAACACUGAGUUUGGAUAGAAAGAAACCAUGUUGCGCUCUAGUCUGGGCCUUCGUGAAAAAAUCUGCCAACUGUAACUCGGAGGGCACAUAUUGAAGAGCGAGAACCUGAUCUUGCAUAGCAGUGUGCACAAAAGAGGCAUCAACACCUAUGUGCUUGGUGAGCUCAUGCUUCAUCGGAUCACGCACAAUGCUGAUAGCACCUGUACUGUCUGACAAGAGGGGAGUCGGUGUAGUAGAAGAAACACCAAAAUCCUCCAGUAACCAACGUAGCCAAGUCACCUCUGCCGUCAAAAAAGCCAUGGCUCGCAACUCAGCCUCUGUACUCGAGCGGGAAACCGCGGUCUGUUUCUCCGUCUUCCAAGCAAUGAGAGAACCACCAAGAAACACACAAUAAGCAGAGAGUGAACGACGAUCCGACGGAUCACUAGCCCAAGUAGCAUCUGAGUAGGCAUGGAGCUGGAGCAAGGGAAGAAAAGACGGUGAGAGAUCGUGCCACGAAGAUAUCGUAGUACACGAAGAAGAUGACUGUAGUGGACUGAAGUGGGAGCAGAAACAAACUGGCUCAAAAUGUGGACAGGAUAAGAGAUAUCUGGACGAGCGACAGCAAGGUAGAUUAGGCUCCCAACCAGAUGGCGGUAGUGUGAUGGAUCAGAUAAGGGGUCACCAUCAGAGGCACGACGCUGAACAUUGAGCUCCAUAGGAGUCUCAACAGUGCGCUCAUCACUAAGAGCGGCACGAGCAAGCAGAUCCUGGAUAUACUUCUCUUGGGAGAUGUAGAAGCCAUCAGAGGUAGAAGAAACCUCAAUCCCAAGAAAAUAGCGAAGAGGACCAAGAUCAGACAUAGGAACUGCUCACGAAGACGAGCCUUAACAAAGGCAAUGUACUCAGAGUCAUCGCCAGUGAUGAUCAUGUCAUCAACAUAUAGAAGAAGAAGAGUCGCUCACGAGUAGAGGUGUGGACAAACAGAGCAGGAUCAUGAGUGCUGGGCGAGAAACCAGAAGCAGUCACCACGGAGGCGAAAUGCUUAAACCAGGCGCGAGGGGCUUGCUUAAGGCCGUAAAGAGAGCGCCGAAGACGGCAUACCAUGCCAUUAGGGACAGAGUACCUAGGGGGUGGCUGCAUAUAAACCUCCUCACGCAGCUCACCAUUGAGGAAGGCAUUGUGAACAUCAAG